UUAGUAAAAGAUACAUGAAGGAGAUGAAACACUUAAAGAAAUCCAUUAUCUCGAAUAUUCAGCAGUUGUUCAAGACAGAAAACGAGGAACCUCGAGUAAAUGAUGUUAAUGAUGAACUUAUGCUUGAAUCAGCAGACAACAGGAACACUAGUGUGCUAUAUUUAGCUGUCAGAACGGUUCUAGAAAGUUCAGUCUGUAAACAAUUUUUUCUUUGUGAAGAAUCUGAGAAUCAGUCUACAAAAAUUGGAAAACUAAUGACAGAUAUGGUUACAGAGGUUGUGCAGUUGAGUAAUGAUAACAAGAUAAAACUGGAGGAUUGUGUUAACUUCUAUCAUGAGGCAAUAUUGUCUACAUUGCAGACGUCUCAAUUUAAUAGCAGCAGAUAUUUAAGUGUGUUGCCUAUGUUUGUAUCGACUUUCACUGCCCUUCAAUGUAAACAGGUUCUACAACUUGUAUUGAACGGUGCAGUACUCCAAAAUGAGGCCGAUAAUGGAAUGUUGCUGAAAGUUUUAGAAAACAUAUUACCUUCACUUGCAGGGUCACAUGUUAAAAGUGUCAAACUAACAGAAAAUGGUGUCUAUACCUUAGUUAACUGUUUAGUUACUGAGGGACAGUCAUCGGACAUUCUGUUAAAGUUUUUCAAGAAAUUUCCAAUGUUGUCUGCUCAGUGUUCAGAGAGGACUGUGGAUAAAAUAUUUGAGAUGACCGAGCGUGCUGAAUUGUUUGUAUUUUUGUUAGCAAAUAAUGAAAAUUUGAAGGUGAAAGUGGCGGAGAUAAUUCAAUCUGCAGAUCAAGACUGGACCAAAGCUGAUAAUAUCAAAAUUCUUAUAAAGUUUAUCCAACUGGAGACUGGAAAAAAUGUUAAUGCAACAAAGGUAGUAACAAAGAAAGCAGUGAAAUCGUUAUGGUCCCAAUUAGUGUCCAUAUGUGGAGAUGAAUCUGUUGAUAAUCUCAGUGAAUUAAAACAACUGGCAGAAUUGUUGAUCACAAAGGAUAUAAAUGGAGAAAAGUUGUCACAUGAGAUGAAAAAGAGACUAGCAAUUACAUUAGAGGAGAAUGUGGGGAGUGUCAAACAACAUCAUAUAGAUCUUCUACAUAUGCUACACAAACCCAAUGAUAUCCAGGCUGUUCUAUAUAUGUCUGGGAAAUGCCUUAUAUCUAUGUAUGAAAGUGAAGGUAUUGAAGCAGGAAUUCAGGACAGUCUCGUCAAAAUAUUGGCGGAAUACCCUAUGACAGAUCUUGAUGCACUUACAGCACAGUCAGAGUUUUGGCUGAAACUUGUUGAAAAUACAAUCAAAUAUUCCUACGCUAAUGUUAAUUCAUUGAAGUUUGUCACAAGAUUUGUACAGCUUGUACAGACAGGAGAUGCUGCUGUAAAUAAAGUUGAAGAUAUCGCUUCUUUGGUUACUAAGCAUCCAUUAUUUCUACCCAUCAUGUUUGGAGAACAUGGCCAAGAUUGUAAAGAUUUGUUGGUCAGCCUGGUACUAAUAGUGGCAGAAUGUUGUCCUUCCUGUUGUCAUGGAGAUCAUAUUGAAGUAUUUCUGGGAGCAUACAGGGCUUCUCUUUCUAUGACAGACCAGACAAUUCUGAAGUUGAUGCAACUGUAUGAGAAACGUGAGAUCUCUUCAGAUUCCAAGUCGUUUAUGUGGGGAGAAAAGGCUGUAGAGCAACAUAUGUUAAGACAAUCACUGGGACCGUCUUUGAAGCAAACUACCAUGAUGCAAGUGAUGUCUAACAUUGAUGUAGAUAUGAUGUCAAACUCUAUACUAUUAUUCCCACUUAGGAGAAAAUUACAUGAUUUGGAGCCUCGUGUAGCGGAGGAGUACAAGUCUGACAGUAAAUGUUACGAUCCUUGUUUUAUACUGCCAUUAUUGAGUCAUCUCCUUCAACCAGAGUCGGUGAUUGAUUGCAGAAGAUUUAUACAUACUGGUUGCCUUGGUUACACAGUAGCUGCACUAUCCAGUCAUGAUGAAAACAUACGCACGUUGUCACAACAUAUUCUGGAUAAAUUUCAAGGUCAUUUGGAAGCUGCGAAAGUGCCGGAGAAAGAGCAACUGAUGUACAUGUUGCAGGUCAUUCAAAGCAGCGUACCAAAAACCAAGAAUAAAUUGUCAUCUAUAAUAACUCAGUUUCUGGCAAGGGCAGUUAAACUGAUGUUAAAACCAGAUGAUCACAUGUACUCGAUCAUAAAUCAGUUUUUACUGCUGAAACCAAAGCUAGACAUUGGCAAUAUUCCGGAAUUCUUCAAGCUUUUCAACAGCUCUGCAAUGCAGUAUCAAGUAGAGAGAAGUUGGAUGUUAUCAUUAAUGAAGGACGGACUACGCGAGUCGGCAGACUACUGGAUAUUUGAGAAGAGGUUCACAUUCAAACUCCUGCAGAGUUUCUAUGAUUCUAAUUUGGCAGAUUUAAAAUCACAGCUUCAGGUGAUGAAAAUUGUGAUGGCUGCCUGCCAGGAAAGAAGACUGGCUGUUGAUCUGUGCCAAAACCAUGGGCUACUUGCCUGGAUUGCUGCAGCUGCUCAGAAAGUCUCAUCAGAGAAGGUAGAUUUAUGCACGAGUAUAUGUAAUUUACUACAUCAAGUUUGGACAACAGUUAUAGCGGAGUCACGAGAAGAGGUUCAAUCCAUGCAGUUAUCUUUCUCAACACAAAUGUUAGCAUGUCUGAAGACACUACUUCCUCACAUGUGUAACCUACAAGGAAAAACAAAGUUACAGUUUGGUAGGAAUCUGUCAUCAGUACUGCACUAUCUAAGUUCAGUAGAAAAGAACAUGCGGGGUCACGUCUCACUCACACUAACACUGACGGAACUUUUGAUGUUCAUUCUGCAUAAUCAGAGUCACGGGGCAGCAUCUAGUAAUUUGACUAACUUGAUAAAAACUUAUGUACAUGGGAGUGUUCUUGGCCUUGGAAAAGAAGAAAGUAUUAAAGCUAAAACAAGUCAUUUCCACAGUGCACACGAUGACAAUAUGAGUAAAUCUGUUGGUGCCGAGGAGACAGACUGUGACACUGAUGUAGGUGCUUGUAUGAUAAAAGAAAUUACCAAGAUAUUGGAGCAAUUGAAACGUCACACAGAUGGGAGGACAGAAAGUUACGUAGGAGAAAUCUUGAUCGUUAAAUGGAUUAUAGAUCAGAUAGGUACAGUGAUGAAUAUUCCUGUUGUAUGUAGUAUGGUGAAACAGUUACAUGUAAUGUUAAUGACGGAGGAGGAUAAUCAGAAUGUGAUACUUCAUUACAUAGCUUGUACAAACAGUACAACUUGUAAUGAACUUGUUGUUGACAUUGUUAACUUGUAUAGUGAUAUUAGUCAGUUGUACUCGAGUUCAACAUCGAAAGAUAUCCAGUUGUUUCAAGAUGAUUUUCGCAACAUGGCAGAAUUGUUAAAUGAUAUAAUGACUGGAAUAUACAGACACAAAUUUGGUUUGUCUCGCAAGAAAAUGGAGAAAGCAUUGGAUAAACAACAGAAAAAUUUGAAAGGUUCAGAUGAUGAUAACAGACAACUUGUGAAAUGUGUGGCAUUAAGACAGAUGUUUGUAGACAAAUUGUGAAUACAGAAUUUCACAGAAAUGCCUUACUUCCAAAACAACACAAGAUUAUCAAAGUAACAACAACCAAACAAAAUAACUGGUGUACAUGCUUUAUUAUUAAAGAGCUAGGUUCAAACUCAACUGAAACUUGUUCUUACACUAAUGAUCAAUUUCAGUUGUCAAAGUUCAUUUAACAAUUUAAGUAAAUAGUCAUAUAUUGAUUCACCAUUCUCAUCAUUUCCCAGCCUUCUGCCAUUCUCAGGACAUGGAAUACAAUAACUGGAUAUAUUAUACACUGACUGGAUAUAUUAUUUCUGUUUUUAAACUGUGCUACAAAAAUAAUAUGUAAAUAAGUAAAAAGUAGUUGCUCGGAAUUGUUGAAUUAUUUUAUUGUAUCAUGUUAAAGACAAUUUAUAUGAUGAAAAUUAAAGAUAUAAAUAUUAAAUGUA